AACCCUUUUCAUUUUUCAACUCCCAGUAGCGUUGCCCUCUCUCUCUCUAACAUCACACACAGUCGAAGGAGAGAUGGAGAGGAUACACGUCUCAGUGAGAGCUAGGCCCCUCUCCGCCGAAGACGCCAAGGCCAGCCCUUGGCGCAUUUCCGGGAAUUCCAUUUACAUAUCCAACCAACCCACCGCCAAAUUCGAUUUUGAUCAAAUUUUUGGAGAAGAUUGCAGAACUCGAGACGUUUACAAUGCUAGGACAAGAGAUAUUGUAGCAGCGGCAGUUCGUGGUUUCAAUGGGACUGUUUUUGCAUAUGGGCAAACUAGUAGUGGAAAAACGCAUACGAUGCGUGGAUCAAAGUCGGAGCCCGGAGUUAUCCCCUUAGCUAUCCGAGAUCUCUUUUGCAUUAUACAACAGGAAAUGGAUAGAGAGUUUCUUUUGCGUAUGUCAUACUUGGAAAUUUACAACGAGGAGAUAAAUGACUUGUUAGCCCCUGAACAUAGAAGACUGCAGAUUCAUGAGAGUAUUGAGCGAGGCAUAUUUGUUGCUGGUUUAAGAGAAGAAAUUGUGGCUUCUGCUGAGCAAAUCCUUGAACUUAUGGAGUUCGGAGAAUCUCAUCGUCAUGUUGGGGAGACAAAUAUGAAUACUUACAGUAGUAGGUCGCACACAAUAUUCCGCAUGAUUAUUGAGAGCAGACAGACAACUGAUGACUCUGGAGCAGAACUCCCGUGUGAUGCAGUUCGUGUCUCUGUCUUGAAUUUGGUGGAUCUUGCUGGUUCAGAACGUGCUGCAAAGACUGGAGCAGAAGGCGUACGCUUAAAGGAGGGCUCCCACAUCAAUAAAAGCCUGAUGAUUUUAGGAACUGUAAUUAAAAAAUUGAGUGAAGGCACUGAGAGCCAUGGCGGACAUGUCCCAUAUCGAGACAGCAAACUUACACGUAUUCUGCAACCUGCAUUGGGUGGAAAUUCAAAUACCGGUAUCAUAUGCAAUAUUACACUUGCACAGAUUCAUGCUGAUGAGACUAAAAGUAGUCUUCAAUUUGCUAGCAGAGCACUGCAUGUGACAAAUUGUGCCCAUGUAAAUGAGAUAUUGACUGAUGCUGCAUUGCUUAAACGACAGAAAAAAGAGAUAGAGGAACUUCGAGCAAAACUGCAGGGUUUACACUCAGAACAUCUUGAAGAGGAAAUUCUGAACCUGCGGAAUACUUUGCUAAAGAGUGAAUUGGAGAGAGAGAGAAUGGCUUUAGAGCUGGAGGAAGAAAAGAGAGCUCAGGCUGAACAAGAGAAGAGGUUGCAAGAGCAAGCCAAGAAAAUUGAAAACUUGAGUUCUAUGGUAUUUUGUGCUAAUAGGGAAGAGACUGGUGAUUUCUACAAGAAGGCGAAAAGGCGUGAUACCUGGUGCCCUGGAAAUCUUGGUAAAGAGAAACCAAAGAAGUUGUCCUUGGUCAAAGAGAAAACUUCUGAAGUUAAGUCAAGAAGAGAAGAUCGGAUUGCGGGACCACUUCUUCCUUUUGAAGAGUUGGUCGAUGGAGCAAGUACUACUGAUUUCUGUUUACAAGAUGAGGAAUGUAAUAGGGUUGCUUCUGAAGACUGCACUCUUCCUGCACCUCAAGCUCUGCUGCAUGUUACCAGUCGAAAAAAAGUUCCACCCAGAAAAAGAAGUUUGCCUAUGGAGAGCAAUGGCUUGGCUGAACUGCAAACAGAAUAUGAAAAUUUGUUCUUAGAACUCGAAACGCAUAGGACAAUGAGUACAAUCCAGAUAGAAUGCUUGAUGGCGAAGCUUGCUGAGGUUGGUUCGGCUGAUCUUUGUGGGAAUUGCAGAGACAGCUCUGCUCAGAUUACCAGCUCUGUAUCUAAUAUAGAUGGUAAUAAAUCUUUGAAGGAUUCGGAUACCAUUCUAGUGAUAAAGAAGCUACAGGAAAAGAUCACUAUAUUAGAGAUGGAAAAGUCCUCAAGCCUGCAAAAUUUUAAUAAUGUAUAUGACCUGGCAACCGAGCAGACUAUAGCGGCGCAGGAGAAAUAUGAAAAGGUUACAAAGGAACUUAUGCUAGCACGCGACGAAGCAACUGUAGCUCGUGGCAAACUUGCUUCAGCAGAGUCUAGCCUGGAAGAAUCUGAUUGGUUGAGUAGCCUAUUAACAGAAGCACAGGAAAUAAAGCUGGAAUUUGAGAAUUCAAGAAAUCUUACAGAGUCUCUUUCUUCAGUUGUAGAUGAACUUCUCAAUCUUUCAUCUCAGAUACCAAACCUGAUUUUUGAUCUUAGACCAUCAGUUUCCCAAAGUUUAGUUCAACUUGAAUCAACAGUUCGGAGCCACGAGAAGGUGGAGUCCUGCUUGAGGAACAAAAUUCUGGAGCUUGAGGAUGAGAAGCUUGCCCUUCACAACCUGGCUUCAGAGCAUGCUAGUAGGAUACAAGAAUUAAGCCUAGAGGGUCAAAAUUCUGCAAACAUGCUGAUAGAACUUCAUGAAAAACAUGAAACUGAGGAGUCGGAACUUCUUUGUCAAAUUCAAUUGCUUCAGAAGGAGAUUUCAUCUAUGUCAUCAUGUUCCAUGGCAAAGGAAAAGGAAAGUCUAAGAAAGGAAUUGGAGAAAACAAAAACUAGGUUAAAAGAUGUGGAGUCCAAACUGAAGAAUGCUGUACAGGAGAAAACAAAGCUUGAGGGCGAGAAGUCAUGUGCAGAGAGAGAACUUAAGAGACUUCAAGGCCAGAAGGCUAUGCUUGAACGUGACAUGAGCAAACGUGAAUCUAAUAUUGGAAGAAGGCGUGAUUCAACUAUUGAUAGAAGCUCAACUGUUUUUGAUCAGAAACGGUCCAAGGGUUCUUUGCCUGACCUCGAGCAAUUCAAAAAUCUGGAAGUGCUUGCUUUUGAGAUGGAGGCACAAAUUGCCUCUUUAGACGAACAACUGGCUAUUGCAAAUGAGGAAAAGGACAUAGCCACCUCCAGAGCUGAAAGUUUAGCUUCUGAUUUGGAGGUGUUGUCCGAUGAGUUGCAGCUGUCAAAUUCAGAGUUGGGUAAACUAGAGGAAGAAGUUUCACAACUUAGAACAAGUUUGGAAGAAUCAAGAUUUCAAGCAAGGGAAAUGGAGACUACUAUCGGAUCUCUGUCGGAAGAGAGGGAGGAGUUGUCAAUGCAACUCACUGAAGCACUCUUGUCCAUGGAGGAGGAUAAAGCCAUAUGGCUGUCCAAAGAGAGAGCUGCCAUAGAAUCCAUUGAAGAAAAGGAAAAACUAUAUACAGUUGAAAUAGCUUCAGUUUCUGAGAAAUUGGCAGAGGUAAGGAAUGAGCUGGAUAUAUGUCGACAAAACUGCAAGGAUCUUGAGGUGAAACGGGAGAACCUCUGCACAAAUGAAGAACAUGCUAUUGCUUCUGAUAAUCAGAGCAAUGGAUCUCCAGAGAAAAGCAAAAAGUUACGUGAAAAAGUGGAAAUUUUACAGUUGGAAUUGAGUAUUCUCAGAAAUGAAAGGCAAUCUUUGCUGGCCCAAGUCCAAGAAUUGGAAACAAGGCAACCUAUUGCUUUUGAUGAUUCUCAGGUAUUAAAGUUAAAACAUGAAUUAGAGCAUCAGAGCAGUAGUCUUGCUAGUAUGGAAGACCAGAUGCACAAUGAUAGAGUGGGCAAUGACUUGGUGAAGGCUAAACUGAGGAUGAGACUCCGAGGAACUCAGGGGAAACUGGAUGCUCUUCGUGUCAGAUACCAGGAGUCAACGAGUGAGAUGGACUUCAUGAACCAGAGAUAUGAAGAGGCUUCAAGAAAGCUGAAGAAUCAAUUAUCCCAAUAUGGUAAAGAACUCUUGUAUGUCAAGAAACAGCUUGCACUCACCAAUGGCCAGUAAUAAAACUCAUUCAUGAAGAUUUUUAUUAUUCUUAUUUUUUUGGCAUAUAGUCUCUAUAUAUCUUGUAAAGCGGAUAUACAUCCAUGGAGAAAAUUCUGAGAAUUACCCAAGUAAUUUAACCAAA